AUGAUCAAACAAAAGGAGCAAUUUUUCAUUUCUAAAAACAUCCUUCCCGUCAGCAAAGCAAAAUCGCUGAGCUCAUAUUCGACCACAACUUCAACGACGACGGUGUCGCCGACGAAUCUACUGCCCUACUUCGACUUCGAUGUGCCGCGCAAUUUGACCGUGACAUUGGGUCAGACGGGAUUCCUGCAUUGUCGCGUCGAGCGAUUGGGCGAUAAAGAUGUGUCCUGGAUAAGAAAACGUGAUUUACAUAUACUUACGGCUGGAUCGACUACCUACACAUCGGAUCAGCGAUUUCAAGUCAUACGUCCUGAAAACUCGGGUAACUGGACACUACAAAUAAAAUAUCCACAACCACGCGAUUCUGGCAUCUAUGAAUGCCAAAUUAAUACCGAACCAAAGAUGUCGCUUUCAUACACAUUUAAUGUCAUUGAGCUUAAAGCGAACAUAAUCGGGCCCUCGGAUUUGUAUGUGAAAAGCGGCAGCGACAUAAAUCUGACGUGCCGCAUUAUGCAGGGACCGCACGAGUUGGGCAACAUAUUUUGGUACAAAGGCAAUGAAAUCAUUGACAUGUCAGCGAAUCUAAAUGAGAUCGACAGCGGGACGCGAAUUAGCGUCGACAGCGAUUGGACAGAUGGAUUGACAUCAAGAUUGAAAAUACGUCGUGCCAUGCCCAGUGAUACUGGUAAUUACACGUGUGUGCCAACGAUAGCGAAGACAUCCUCGGUUUAUGUGCACGUCAUAAUAGGUGAGCAUCCUGCCGCAAUGCAACACAAUUCGAGCAGCAUGUACAGCGGCAAUUUCUAUUGUAGCAUUUGCUGCAUGCUCUUCACCAUUUUCACAUGCUGUUUGCAACAUUUCCUUGCAACAACAACAGCAACAGCAACGAUACUCACUGUGGCCACAAGGAGUGCCACCAAAUGCAGCCGAAAUAACAAUAGCAGCAGCAGCAGCGGCGUCAGCUAUGUAGUACCAACGACAGAGCGCAAAGUAGCAACUAAUAACAGAUGCAAUAGUCGAAUAGAAAAAAGCAGCAAUAAUAAUUGCUGUCAAAGCCACAGCCGUUGCGCUAACCACAGCCGCAGCAGCAGCCGCAGUCUCAGCCUGAGAAGCAUUAGCAUUAGUGGCGUAACCUCAAGAAGUUCGCAUGCAACACGCGUUCUCAGUAAAAUUACGAGAUGA